UGUAAAAGCGUAAGUAUUGUAGUCAUUACGUCUCCACCAGACAUAAUUAAGAUCACUAUUUCUUUAACACUCCAAUUCACAGGAAUUUCUGAUAUUGGAUUUCUGUGUAUUAGUAUUUCAGAUGAUACUAUAGUCAACGCUAUAAAUGCGACAAAUAGAAUUAAUAAGUUAAAACUUAAGGAUACUAAUGUGAAGACUCGCACCCAUCCAGUUGGAUUGAGUGAGAUCGUUAACCAAAAAACCUUAACUUUAUCCCCACAAUCUUGUUCGGCCAAUGAGACUAGUAGUCCUAGUACUGAAUAA